GGGAAGUGCUGUCUCAAACAGAAACGGGGCCGAGUGUGUUCCUUGUUUCUCCACCGCAGCUACACGCUCGGUCACAACAUUUCACGCCGUUAAAAGGCUCAGAGCCGAGGGAAGAGACGGACAGACUUCUGCCGUUUAUGACUGAAUGGUGAAAAUGGGCUCAAAUCGCUCCGGUCGGCCGACGCUGUCGCUGUGUUGUCUCCUAAUCUGCGUCACUUUGUGGAGCAACCUGAGCAGCGGGGUGUUUGCCAAAUCACACCGGAAACCAAACAUUGUUUUGAUCCUCACCGACGACUUGGACAUCGCUAUCGGGGGUCUGAGUCCGCUUAACAAGACGAAAAAACUAAUUGGAGAUGCAGGGAUAUCAUUCACAAAUGCAUUUGUUGCCAGCCCGCUGUGCUGCCCCAGCCGAGCCAGCAUCCUGACGGGGAAAUACCCCCACAACCACCACGUCAUCAACAACACCUUAGAGGGGAACUGCAGCAGCAAAGCUUGGCAGAAGAGUGAGGAGGCCCACACCUUCCCUGCUUUACUGAAGGCCCUCGCAGGCUACCAAACCUUCUUCGCUGGGAAAUACCUCAACCAGUAUGGGCACUCAGAAGCUGGUGGAGUGGAGCACGUUCCUCCAGGCUGGAACUACUGGGUCGGACUGGAGAAAAACUCUAAAUACUACAACUACACACUGUCAGUGAAUGGGAAGGCUCAGAAACAUGGAGCAGACUACAGCAAAGACUACCUAACAGACGUACUGGCCAACAUGUCUCUAGACUUCCUCCAGUAUACAUCCAGCUACCAGCCGUUCUUCAUGAUGGUGUCCACACCGGCCCCCCACUCUCCCUGGACAGCAGCCCCUCAGUACCAGGACCGCUUUAAUAACACCAAGGCUCCCAGAGACCCUAACUUCAACGUUCAUGGGAAGGACAAACACUGGUUGAUCAGACAGGCUAAAACCCCCAUGUCCAACUCCUCUGUCCAGUUUCUGGAUGACGCCUUCAGGAAACGGUGGCGAACUCUGCUGUCAGUGGACGACCUGGUGGAGAAGAUAGUGAAGAGGUUAGAGGUCAGAGGUGAACUGGACAACACGUACAUCUUCUUUACCUCUGACAACGGGUACCACACUGGUCAGUUCUCUCUUCCUCUAGAUAAGAGGCAGCUCUACGAGUUUGACAUCAGGGUUCCUCUCAUGGUCCGUGGACCAAAUAUCAAACCCAACCAGACCAGCCAGAUGCUGGUGGCGAAUGUUGACCUUGGUCCAACCAUCCUGGACAUCGCCGGCCUCAACGUCAGCAAGACGCAGAUGGACGGCAUGUCCUUCCUGCCCGUUAUGGAGGGGAGGAUGAACAGCAGCAGCUGGAGGACAGACAUCCUGGUGGAGUACGAAGGAGAGGGAAGCAACGUCUCCGACCCCGCCUGUCCUCUGCUGGGACCCGGAGUGUCGGAGUGUUUCCCAGACUGUGUGUGCGAGGACUCGUACAACAACACCUACGCCUGCGUACGAACCCUCGCCCCCUCUGCCAACCUGCAGUACUGCGAGUUUGAGGACAACCAGGUGUUUGUCGAGGUCUACAACGUGACGGCUGAUCCUUACCAGUUAACGAAUAUCGCAGACUCCAUCGGCCAGGACUUCCUGGAGAAGAUGAACUACCGGCUGAUGAUGCUGCAGUCCUGCUCCGGGCAGUCAUGUCGGACACCCGGCGUGUACGAUCCAAGGUAUAAAUUUGACCCACGACAGAUGUUCACCGGCCACAGCUGGCGGCUCAGCAGACUCAGACAGACGAUGAAAUAAGAAGAACAGGAGAAAGACGAGGAGACGGAGGAAGAAGGGCUGUAACAUAUUUUGUAUUCAGCCUUUCCUGCUGUUGCUGAAUUGUUUUCAGGCCUCCAGAGCCAGUUGCUUUUGCAGAUGGAUGGAGAAGGGAUCAGGUGGGGUCAUAUUUUGGGAAUAGGUGGGUUGCCAUGGAGACAGGAGGCCUCUCUGGGGGGGCAGGACCCACCUUUUAAAGCUUUCAGUUAGGGCUGCUGUUUAGUGAGUUUGUCAGCAGGUGUGCAGCAAAGCCAAAUUAUCAUUAAGGAUGGAUUUACAUUUGACCCAGUUCUUACACUUAAAUAUUGGCGACACUUUAUUUCAUGGGUCCCAUAUUUUCCUGACAAGUUUUUGGAAACUUUCCUCAUAAUAUCCUAAAAAUUAGCUGUGAAUUAUGAUGAUACACCCCCCCCCCCAAAAAAAAAUCCUGUGCAAUUUGUUCCUAAUUAUAAUGGACAUGGAGAAAGUGUUAGUUGCUACAGUUUUUCUGAAAACUAAGAGGAAAAAUAAACUAACAAAAAUUCUUAAUUAACGAAAUCAGUCACAUUAUUUUCCAGGUCUGGUCUGUGGACGUGAAAUUUCAUAGCACAGAGUGUGUUUUAUUUGUUGACCAAAUUCCUGGCCCCACUGAAACCUACAUGUUUUCAUGUACCUCAACCAAUAUGCAGCGUGAACAUUUACAGAUCUGUAACGUGGCGGCUCAAAGCCAUGAAGAAUCGAAAUUUAGAAUUUUUAAUAGUCUAAGACUGAAGAAAAAUGACACGUUUAUGAACUAUUUUCAUUUACAUACCACAUCAUUUCCUAAUUUUACUUGAACAUAAUGAGCAGGUGAUUAUUAUCAGUAGCUACUAACACUUUCUCCAUUUCCAUUAUAACUAGCACCAAACAGCCAGAGAAAUAUCCCAGUAACUUACGGCUAAAUACCGGCUAAUUUUUAGGAAAUUAUGAGAAAAGCUUCCAGGAAAUUAGGUGGAAAAUAUGGGGACCCACAAAACAAAGGGUUAGUCAGGACAUCAUAUCAAUGAUCCAAACAUGGGCCAGUUAACAGACACGUUUCCAUUUACUCGUCUAAGUGCAGGAUAUCAGGUUGGUUUUUUUUUUUGGUACAUUCAGAUAGUCCUCAAGAAUGGGUUAGGGUUAGGGAAUGUAGCAAAAAAAAAAAAUCCUCUGUUAGACAGUAAAGGUACGGUCACAUUACCUGCAUACAGCCCUGAGAAAUGACAUGAUAAAUAAAUAUUGGUCUGAGGGACGCAGCACUUUGUUGACUGUUAGAUUGAUAAAACUAAAAUCAACACCUAAAUAACGUCUCUGUGCAGCAGUGUUUCUGUUGGAGCACCUCCGCUCAGUUAGAGUUAAACAAAGGAGAAUUCUGACCUGUGAGUCCGUCACACUUGUCUGGAGGUCGCAGCAAAACAGGAAACCUGCGCUUAAAUUCGUCUGCUGCGUCGGCUUCGAUGGGUGUGAGCGGGAGCAAAUGUCCGUAGGAUGGAAGAGUAAUGUGAUCGUACCUGGAGCAAAAAGAACAAGGUGGUAAAGAACAAGAAGAGAAAAGAGCGCCACCUACAGAAAAAUCUAACUUCUGAAACAGGCAGUCCAACAGAAAACACAAUGAGUGCCUAGAAAGAGAGAUGGAGACCAAGGCCUAAAACCAUCCCCCAGCCAUUACUUCACAGUUAACACUGUACUACAUAUGUGACAGUUAUGAGAAGUUAUAUACUGAAAACAGGCAACCACUGACUGACUGGUGGCUUCAGAGGAAAGGUCGACAAACUCGAUGCCAAUUUGGACAAAAUAUUUUGGUCACAAACCAUCAGAGGAAUCACAGGAGCUGUUGUGCUCAGUGACAAGAGGCCAAUUAAAUAAACGAUUUAGAAACAGAAUUGUCAGGAAAUGAUUCCUGAGACUCGUUAAAACCUCCAUCCAAGUUAAAUUCACAAAUCUGAUUUAAUGGUUCAUAACUGACACUGCAGACAGACUCAGAUAAACACUCAGACAUGGUAAGAGUGUCGUCUCCAAUUCUACAUAAAGUUGUGUUGUAUUUUUCUAAACUGUGAGAAGUGUUAGUGCGUCACGAAAUUCAUAUUAACAGUCACUUUCCUCACUGUUCUAACUCUCUGUUAUUUUAAUUCGUCAGCGUGCUCAUGUUGGGGAGAAUUCAACAACUUAAAAUUAAGUAUUUCACGUGUGUAGCAUUUCAUUCAGACAGUGUUGAAACACUACUUUGGUUCAGUACAUAGAUCGUCUGCCUAAUGAGAAGGAGGCGGCAGUGAUUUUAGAUUGUCAGGGUUUCAGUCAGGUCAGUUUUAGACUGUUCUGUUAUUUUUUGUUUGGAUUUUUAAAAUUAAUUUUAGUUUCUAACAAUUAUUCAGACUUUCUUUCCCACACUAAAUAUUUAAUUUGACCAGGGAACAGAUUUUUUUUCUUUGGAUUUAUGUUUAUGCCAUAAACUACACUUAUACAAAAACACUGAAUUAAUCAUUUCCUUAAUGUUUUUAUGACCUAAAUUGGAAAUUUCUGAAAAUUUCAGUGUUUCCUAUGCUGGGGUUUGGGAGUCCACAUAUUUAUAUUCAAUAGACUGAUAUCAGUCAACUGGAGACUCCUGGCAAAUAGGUAAACAGUUAUAUUUCCCAAAUGUUGAACUGAUCCUUUGAAGCUGAUUCCUGCAGAUUCUUAACAUCUGACCAAAGAUUUGAUUUGGAGACUUUUGAGGGAAAUUUUCCACCAAGUUCAGAAAGUGUCAUUUGUUGUGAAAGACCGAAUCUUUUUGCGUGUGUUAAUUUUGAUUGUGAAUUACUUUCUUACUGACAAGCAAGCAAACACAAACCGGCUGUUACCUGUGAAUUUUUUUGAAUUUAAUCUGUUCCUCUGCUGCCGUUGUUGUAAUUCAAACAGCUCUUUCUUCCUCUGUGGUCAGUUUGUUCCAAGUCUCAACUGGACUGGAUUUAAAACAUUUCAUGUGAGAACACUGAGAUUAAAGUCCUGACACCACAGGACUCGACAGAAACACUCUGUCAUUAUUGUUCGUCUUAAAGUCGAUCACUUUGUUUCAGUUCACUGAUGCACUUUCCAAUCUGUCAGAACUGUUUUUGUUGUUUUGGCACCUUUUGGUUUUAUUUUUCAGAGUAGUUUUUGAUGAUGAUGAUGAUGAUGUAUUUUUGGCUUGUGUUUUUGUCCAAAUAAAGAAAUUCUCAAUAUCA